GAUGAAGACAAUUAUUUGAGAAUUGAAGAGCAGCCAUAUAAAUGUAAUGAAGAUGUAGAGACCUGCAGUGAUUUCCAGUCCUUUCAGAAGCAUGAAAUGAGGAACACUGUAGAGAGACCCUGUGAAUACGGGCAAAAUGAGGAGGAGAGAUCUGAUCUUAGUGAAAAAAAUCACUCUGGGCAGAAAAUUUUUGUAGGUAACAAAAGUGUGAAAGCCCACACAACACCUAACAGUGUUCAAACCCCCAAGACAAACCGCAAUUUGGGAAACUCCUAUGUACAAAAACACUAUGAGAAUAAUUCUAUUUCUUCAUCCAAUAUUGAAAAACCUGUUAGAAAAUAUGGUAGAGAGAAAUAUCAUAUAAUUGAAAAAUGUGCAAAAGCAUUAUCUCACAGUAAUUUCUUUAAAAAACAUAAGAAACUUCACACUGGAAAGCAACCAUUUGAAUGCAAGCAAUGUGGGACAGCAUUCAGUAAACUCAGUGGCUGUCAAAGUAAUAAAAACAUUCACACUGGGGAGAAAUCCUUUGUAUGCAACAAAUGUAGGAAAGCAUUCAGUACAGCCUCUGCUUUUAAAGUACAUGAUAGAAUUCACACUGGGGAGAAAUCCUUUGUAUGUAAGCAAUGUGGGAAAUCUUUCAAUCAAAAGUCUAACCUUCUUAGACAUGAAAGAAUUCACACAGGGGAUAAACCCUAUGUAUGCAACAAAUGCGGGAAAGAAUUCAGUACAUCCUCUGCUUGUAAAGCACAUGAUAGAAUUCACGCUGGGGAGAAACCAUUUGCCUGUAAACAAUGUGGGAAAUCUUUCUGUCAAAGAAGUAACCUUAUUAAACAUGAAAGAAUUCACACUGGGGAGAAACCCUUUGCAUGCAACAAAUGUGGGAAAUCUUUCAAUCAAAAGCCUAGACUUCUUGUACAUGAAAGAGUUCACACUGGGGAGAAACCCUUUGCAUGCAACAAAUGUGGGAAAGCAUUCAGUACAGCCUAUGCUUGUAAAGCACAUGAUAGAAUUCACACUGGGGAGAAACCCUUUGCAUGUAAACAAUGCGGGAAAUCUUUCAGUCAAAACAGUGACCUUAUUAAACAUGAAAGAAUUCACACUGGGGAGAAACCCUUUGCAUGCAACAAAUGCGGGAAAGCAUUCAGUACAUUCUCUGCUUGUAAAGCACAUGAUAGAAUUCACACUGGGGAGAAACCCUUUGCAUGUAAACAAUGCGGGAAAUUUUUCAGUCAAAACAGUGACCUCAUUAAACAUGAAAGAAUUCACACUGGGGAGAAACCCUUUGUAUGUAAGCAUUGUGGGAAAUCUUUCAAUAAAAAGACUAACUUUAUUAGACAUGAAAGAAUUCACACAGGUGAUAAACCCUAUGUAUGCAACAAAUGUGGGAAAGCAUUCAGUACAGCCUAUGCUUGUAAAGCACAUGAUAGAAUUCACACUGGGGAGAAACCCUUUGCAUGUAAACAAUGCGGGAAAUCUUUCAAUCAAAACAGUGACCUUAUUAAACAUGAAAGAAUUCACACUGGGGUGAAACCCUUUGCAUGCAACAAAUGUGGGAAAGCAUUCAGUACAGCCUAUGCUUGUAAAGCACAUGAUAGAAUUCACACUGGGGAGAAACCCUUUGCAUGUAAACAAUGCGGGAAAUCUUUCAGUCAAAACAGUGACCUUAUUAAACAUGAAAGAAUUCACACUGGGGAGAAACCCUUUGCAUGUAACAAAUGUGGGAAAGCAUUCAGUACAUCCUCUGCUUGUAAAUCACAUUAUAGAAUACACACUGGGGAGAAACCCUUUGUAUGUAAGCAAUGUGGGAAAUCUUUCUGUCAAAGCAGUCACCUUAUUACUCAUGAAAGAACUCACACCCUAUAGAACAUCUUUGGUACAACCAAUAUAUCAAAACAUUCAGUGUACAGAAGUGCUGAAAAUGAACCCUUUCCAUUGAUAUAAGUAAUUUGUGAUGUAUUUUAGCUAUAAUUGUAGCUUUUUUGUAUAGAAAAAAAUUCACUCUAUAAAAAUAUCUCUAUGUAUAUGAGAAAUGAGUAUAUGGAUUUGUUUAUACAUUCUCACUUUAUAACAUCAAAUAUAUCACACUGGGAAAAAAUCCUGUGAACAUAAGGAAUAUAGAAAGACUUUCCAUACCAUUGAGGUUGUCACUACACUUAAGAACUCCCUCAGUGUAGUAAUUCUAUGCAAUUGAACAAUGGUAGAUCAUAUGUAGCACACAAAAAUGCCAUAGGGAAAUUUUGCAUACAAGGAAGAUAUCAUAUAUAUGUAGGCAGUGUGACAAAGAUUUGCUGCAGUGCUUCCCUUUUGAAAACAUAAGAUUCCUCUCACAAUGGGGAGUAACUGCAUGUAAGGAAGAUUUGGUAAAAGUUCAGCUGAUAGCUGCUAACCUUCUGAGUGAUGUCAUACUAUGUCCCAAGAUUAUGUAUGCAAUGUGGGAAAGUAUUCAGUAUACAGGUUUAUUGUCAAAAGUGUGAAAGUAAUCUGAGUUAAGUGAAAUCGUACAUAUGUAAGGGACUAUUUUGAAAAUAAUUUCAAAAUUAGUCAUGUAGAGGAGACCUGCCAAAAUAUUAUAAAAUAAUUUCUGUCAAUAUAUGCUCAUACAU